AUGGACUUUAACGCUUUGGGUAGUAUAUCUGGGAAAUCCAGUAUGAGGAGGAAGUCGUUACUACAAGCAUUCGGCAAAUCAUCUUCCUCAUCCUCAUCUUCUCGUCAAUCUGCAAUCCCUUUACCAUCUUCUUCAACCUAUACUAGUGGAGGUGGAGGGGGAGGGGGAGGAGGGUCAUUACCUGGCUCAGCCCAAUCUACACCAUUAACUUCAACUACAAGUACAUUCAAUCAUGACGAAAUAUAUUCACCUUCAUUUUCACCUGAAUAUCAAAACCAUCCCCAUUAUCAUGCGGAUACUAUCUCUCUAGCUUCUCGCACCACCGCAUCGCAUACUCAUGGACCAGGACCAGGAACUUAUGGUUUAGGUGGAGGAUAUCCCCAUGGACAUGGUCAUGGAGGAGGAAGAAGUACAAGUGCGAAUUACAGUAUAAAAGAGAAGAAUACGAACAAUGAAAAAGGCGAAAGAAAUAUAAAGAGACCUGAAGAUGUAUUUAGACUUGUAAGAGAACGGAUCAUAGGAUGGAGUUAUUUGGGGGAAUGGUAUCAAGGUGACACCCACUGGCUGAACACCGUUCGAAUACCCCGAUCAACGUUAGAAAGCUCCAUCGGACCUAAACAGCUAGAAAGUCGCGCUCGCAAUUUUCACAUUCUAGGUAUAUCGCUGAGCUCCUUGUUUGAUAUACCAUCAAGUAACGAGUUCCUCAAAGCUUUGUUAAAGUUGUUGGACGAGUGGGAAACAUUUAGUGAUUCCGGAGGAGGGAAAGGUGUUAAAAACCUUUUUCGAGGUCAGAGAAAUAAUCGGAAAGUCACUGCUGGCGGUACGGUCAUGUCUGAUUUCGCGAGUGGGAUGGACAGUGCGGAGACGUAUUUGCUAAAUGUCAAUAUGCCAUUUAUACCGGAUUUCUACCAAACCCACUCAACGCUCUGUUCUAUCAUCCGCGACAUAUACAAGAAACUCCUAGGCAUGUUCUUACCUUCUCCACCAUCUGGCAACUUCAUCCCACCACCAUUUACAAAUUCUUCAUUGUUGCAUCCAUCUACUAUAAUACAAUCUGCACCAUUGGAGAUACCCUUCGGUAUGGGUAACCUGGGACCUACCCCCAAGUCUCCUGCAGCCAGUAUAAUCACAGCCACAUUUGCGAACCAACAAUCCCAAGUUACCAGUCCGACUUCCGAGGGAGGGCACGGACACGUUACGAGUUACUUCGGUGGGACUGCGCAACCUCAUACACAACAGUUCACUUCUCCCCCGCCUCAGGGUGAUGCGUUACAACUGUUCAUUGCUGGAGAGUUACCUAGUGAUAGGACGUUAGUGGGAGAUGGUCAGAAAUUGACACCUCAGAUUGUAGAUAUGUUCUCAAAGGUCGAUACCAAGCUGAAGAAACAAUUUUCUUCACUUCUUCGAGAAGGCGAUACACUCGCACGUAAAGUAUUAGAUGACGAAUUACAGAUUAUAAUGCAAAGUCUCAAUCCAGGUUCAAAAUCUUUCAAAUUCGAUCUGAACGCUGCUGUCAUUGGUUCAGGAAACGGUUGGAUCAACAGUGCCUCAAACCCUUCCCACAAUAAUAGUGGAUAUAUGCAGGGUACGAUCAGUGGGUAUGGUGGGUUACAGGGGUUGAUCGAAGAAGAUAGGAAAGAAAGGGAUUUUGGAACGAUAUGA